GCAAGCUAGCUCAAUCGAUAAAUAAUAAUAAUGGGCGAAAGCUUACCAACUAUUUAUGUAUUUUAUGGCAAAAAUCGAUCUUUAAUUUAAUUAAAAUGUAACGACUUCUUUAUCUACUUUUAAGUCAAUUCGUAGUCCACUUUUUCUUAUUAAAUCACAAAAGUUAUUCAAAAUAGGUUUUAUUAACAGAGUUAAAAGUCAAUACGUGUCGAUUAAAAAAAAAUAAAAAAAUAACUAUAUAAAUCUAUAUUAGUUGUAACUCCCUGUAACACUUAACAUUGUAGCAUGUAUUGUGAGUUUGUAAAGCCAAGUAAAAAUGGUAGAGGCAAUUAUGUCCACAGUAAUUCUUAAGAUUACUUGUCUCAUAACACAAAAAAUAACAGAUGAAAUUAAGUUUGAGUUGGGUCUUUCAAGAGAGCUUGAAUCUAUUAAGAAUGAACUACAAAUCAUAACAGCUUUCCUUAGAGAUGCGGAGGAUCGAGGCGAGAGAAGUGACUCAGUGAAGGCUUGGGUAAGGCAAGUGAGAGACGUUGCGUACCGAAUGGAGGACGUUAUCGAUGAGCAUGUUAUGCUUGUAUACACAAGACGGAAAAAUCAAGCUGACGAACUAUAUUGCUUAAGCUUCACCUUGAGCAUACUCUCAUGUCAAGCUACUCAAUAUAUUAAAGAGUGGUUCCCACGUAGAAAGAUUGCUAGCUCUAUUGCUGAUAUCAAAGCGGAAGUCCUUGAAAUCCAACAAAGAAAAGUAUUGUACAAUCUUGAGGUCACGGAGAAAGUUGGUCAAAAUAUGAAUACGGAUACAGAUACAGGUACAAGUAAAUCACCACGUGCAUGUGCACAUAUGUGGCAAGAUCCUAGGGUCGGAUUUCUCUACCCUAGAGAGUCCGAUCUUGUUGGGAUCGAGGAUCCUAAAAGUGAGAUUUUAAAGCUUUUAGAUUUGGAUAUGAAAGAUCUAAGGUGCUUGAUAAUAUCGAUUGUUGGUAUGGGAGGGAUCGGAAAAACUACUCUUGCUUGGAAGGUGUAUGAUAACAUAGAGAUGAAGCGACACUUCUAUGUACGUGCGUGGGUUAAUGUAACUCAAUUUUACAAUAGGAAGGAUGUGUUUAGAAGGAUGCUUCAAGAGUUUUACAAUAGUGCUAUGCAACCUAUUCCUGCUCAAGUUCAUCAAAUGGAUGAAAUGUCACUAGUUAGUGAACUACGGACCUUCUUAGAAGACAAAAGGUGCGAAUAUAUAUACUUCCCUCAUAUCUUAAUACUUGGCGACGACAACGGUAGCAGGAUCGUACUAACAACACGGCAAGAAAAUGUGGCUCUCAAUUGGAAGGGAUCAUGGACUAAAAAUCACAUUUACAAGUUACAACUUCUGCCUCAUAACAAAGCAUGGAAACUCUUUUGUAACAAGGCAUUUGAAGGCGGUCAAUGUCCUCAAUGGUUAGAAGAGGUAACGCAUAGUAUUAUUGCCAAGUGUGGCGGGUUACCACUCGCGCUUGUCACGUUGGGUGGUCUAUUAUCGACGAAAGCCAAGGCCUUCGUCGAGUGGAAGAAGUUCCGGGAUAGCCUUGGUAGUGAGCUUGAACAAAAUCCACAAUUAUCUAACAUUUCGAGGAUUUUGUUACUAAGCUACAAUGGGUUGCCUCAUUUUUUGAAGCCGUGUUUGAUUUACUUUAGCAUUUUCCCUGAGAGUUCAACAAUAGAGUGUAACCGGUUAAUCAAGCUAUGGAUAGCCGAGGACUUGAUUAAGGAGAAGAGAGGGAUAACUGUUGAAGAUGUCGCGAAAGAAUAUUUGCUUGAGCUUAUUCAAAGAAACUUGGUACAAGUUUCUACGUGGUACGAUUGUGGAAGGGCUAGGACUAUUCGUGUACAUGACUUGUUACAUGAUAUACUUCGACAGAAAUUGGAAGAGUUAAAUUUUGGUCAAAUUUUGAUGGCAAAAGAGGAGAAUCGUGAGGUUAAUAUACAAAGUAGACGCUUAUCAAUUCAAGAAGAUAGUCUUCAAAAUGAAGCUUUGAAGUACAUCAAUAGUACUACUACUAAGUGUAGUAUUCGACCAUUGUUCACGUUCGGAGUUAAGGAAGUAGCAACUACACUUUUGCGUAGCACAUUCUUGAAUAGAUUUUACCUCUUAAAAGUCUUUGAUCUUCAAGCUGCACCCGUCGAAGAGCUUCCUACGGAGAUAGGCGAACUCUUUCUCUUGCAAUACCUAAGCUUGAGAUCUACCAAAGUAAAGAGAAUUCCUAAGACAAUAGGAAAGCUUAUCAAUCUCUUAACUUUGGAUCUCAAGAAGUGUCCGGUAUGUGAGCUUCCGGUUGAGGUUGGUAACUUAAGAAGGCUAAGACACCUUAUUGUGUAUCAAAACACAUGGCAUAACACCUUGAAAGUUUGGGAGAUACGAGCGGUGAGGGUACCGGAAGGUGCAUUAGGUGGCUUGGAGAACCUACAAAAACUCGCGGAUGUCAAUAUAGCCACUAGCGACGGCUUUAUUGAUCAACUAUGUGCCUUCAAGAAGCUUAGGUAUUUGGCAAUCUCAAAUAUCAAAGAGAGAAUAGUUGGAUCUUGUGCAAGGCCAUCGAAAAACUCGAUUGCCUUGAGUCACUGAAUAUUUCAGUAGACUAUGAGAGUU